AUGGCCGACGCAUCCAAAGAGGUGCCGUUCAAGACGGUGCAGAUCGAGGCUCUUGUCCUCAUGAAGAUCUCGAGGCACUGCUCGCAGUCCUUCCCCACUACCGCUACCGGUUCGCUCGUCGGCAUGGAUAGGGAUGGAAUUUUGGAGGUGACCAACUCGUUCAACUUCCCCAUCUUCGACGUGCCCACCACCGACUCGCACCAGAACCAGAAUGAUGCCUCCUCCCUUGCCGCCGUCGCCCCGCGCCAGAAGCCCAACAUCACUUACCAGGCCGAUAUGAUUAGGUUCAUGAAGGAGAUCAACAUCGACGCCAACAACGUAGGAUGGUACACCAGCGCGGCUAUGGGCAACUUUGUGAACCUCGCCUUCAUCGAGAACCAGUACCACUACCAGAAGGAGAAUGAGCGCACCGUCGCCCUCGUGCAUGAUGUCAGCCGCAGCUCCCAGGGUGCCCUCAGCAUCCGGGCCUUCAAACUGUCGCCUAACUUCAUGGCUGCCUUCAAGGAGGGCAAGUUUACCACCGAGAGCCUCCAAAAGUCCAAGCUCACCUUCAAGGAUAUCGUGGUCGAGUUCCCUGUCACCUGCGACCUCCUCCUCGACAGCAUCGAGUCCCACUACACCGACCUCAACAACUUCCAGUUCUACCAACGACAACUCGGACGUGAGCAGGCCAAGAUUACUCAAUGGCAGACCAAGCGCAAGGCCGAGAACGCGGCCCGUGUCGCUGCCAAGCAGCAACCUCUUCCCGAGGAUGAGUGGCAGAGGCUGUUCAAGCUCCCUCAGGAGCCCAGCAGGCUCGAGGGCAUGCUCAACGCGAAGCAAGUCGAGCAGUAUGCUAAGCAAGUGGAUGGCUUCACCGCGAAUGCCAGUGCCAAGAUGUUUGCUGUCAGGGAGAAUUUGAUGCCCAAAUGA